AUGUACGACCAACUUCGCCUCGAACAGCGUAUCGCGAUCGAAGCUCCCGAAAUUCCCUCUUCCAAUCCAAACUUGUCGGUCUCUGUCCAUGCCGAAGUCGCUCUUCCCAGCGCUGGAGCAGUAGAACGUCCAGUGUCUUUAGGUACUAUGCCUUACCAGCCUCCAUCACCAGUCGAUUCCCUCUCACCCCCUGGGCUAGACGACUCGACAGACCCCAAGGAUUUGUUGGGGCCAUCUUGGCGUCAUGGUGACGUGGACUUUGAUUUCUCAAGCCGGUGUCUAGCUGCUCUCGACGGGGUGCAUGCUCCUGAAACCGACUCAAAUUCAUCAGGACCCGGAAAGCUAUUCGAAGAGUCGGAGAAGCCCGGCUCCCCGGUUGAUGGCAGGCUGGUCGUUGGAGCCGAUCCGUCCUGCAUGCUGGGCGAAGGUAGUUCACAGUCAGUCUCUGUCUCCGAGACCAAAGAGGAAGAGUCUCCUCACCGACAUACGGUUAGUAAGGCUUUGAAACUUUUAUUCUGA